CAAUCCAUCAAUUCCAUCAUCCAAAAGAUCUUCCUUUAAGCUUGCACCGCUGCUAAAUAAAAUGUGCACCUCAUCUACCGCUACUGUACCGCAGUUGACCACACACAGCCCAAGGUGAUGACCAAAUUGUAUCCACGAAUGGGCAUCACAAUCGACUCGACUCGACUCGACUCGACUCGACUCGACUCACUCGACUUCGACAGCAUCGGUGACGUGUUAGGGGUCAGUCCAGAGCACCCCCCAAGCGAAUGACACACCCAACCGCAACGAGGGUGCACCCAAUCAUGGUGCAGAGACGAUACAAAAGUACCUUCCCGCGGUCCAAGCCUCGAUGUCAUUAGCUUAGGUCGUCGAUCGUUUGCGACGCUGGGAAUCAAUCGAAUAGAAUCUAUCCAUCACUUGGGAAAUGAAGUGGAAUGCUAUUUUGUCGCAUCUCAACCGACACGCCAAUCAGUUACAAUCGUCUGUUGUGAAUGCUACAAUGCCGGUAGCACAAUCUUCUUUGACUUUUUUGGACGAAAAUCUUCCUGACUGGGCCAUUUCCGCCAUGAUGAUAGUAGAAUCCUUUUCCAAGGAUUUGCUGGAAGCGAUUGUGGCGAUGGACGGAGCACGAGUUUGGUCCUUGAUGGGCUUUUCCUCACACACGGAUUAUUGGCUCCUCCUGCUCUGUGGAGUUUUGACCGUGUUGGCCUUUUUGCAAAUGGCAAUUUUCUCGCGUCCUCCUCCUGUCCCUCUCAAGACAUUGCCUCGACGUCCCGCAUUGUCCAUUUUGUUCAAACCAGACGAUAUUUCUGCCACUGCCGGUGUUACAGGUACCACGGCAGCCUCUGCCACUGGAACAUCUCUUCCCAGUCGAGAAGCCACGGCUGUCUCUUCCAAACGAUCCCACCCAAACCGACACAACAGCAAUACAAACAGUCUCCGCCUGGAAACUGUGGAAAGUGAAGAUGAUAUCGAUGAAGUCCUUGUCGACGAUAGCAUUCAUUCCACGCGUUCCGGGAUAUCCACGGAGGCUUCGACGGUCGAAUCGCCUCUUAUGUUUGUACAAGAUCUCCCCGAUUCCUUUGCUCCUCUCUUGUCAUCUUCCCACACCGAAGUUAUUUUGCAACAGCUCACGGCAGAUCUUUUGCAUGCCGUCCAAGCAGAAGCCAGCGUCCGUGUCAGAGAAGGACGUCAUGAAAUCCCCUUGGACAAGGAUCAGAGUCGUCCUCAAUUUCAAAUGCAUCCCCCCAAGGGAGGAUGUCGCAUUUCCGCCGUGGCGGUGGUGGGAAGUGACAAUCUCACCUUGGAAGAAGAUCUAGAUGUCAGUCGCGAAACUACCUCACGAUCCCAACCCAUGGUGAAAAAGGCAGAACUCAACUUGGAUCCACCCAUGCCCUUGGCCAAUGUGGCACCCACUCUGAUUCACAUUCCCACUCUCUUUCAAGACAAGAAACUCCCAGUGUUGCGACGCAUUCAAAUUAUGCGCAUGUUUAUGGAUUUUGUCAUUUCCAUUUCAUCGUGGUUGGAAAAAAUGCUAUGGAUUGUCGAAAGCUUUUGUCAGAUCCAUCUGUCCAAUGUGCAAAUUACACCCACGUUCAAGGGCAGGGAACAGGACAAUUCUCCCGAAUGGCGCUUGACAUUGUCGUUCAGUGGACAUGUACUAUUGUUUGGAGUCAUUCCCAUUCCAUUCAUCAGUGUUGGGUUGCCUACCUUUAUCAUUCCUCAACCUCAUGCCUUGCUUUCCCAUUUAAUGUCGGCACAACCGUUGGCUUCGGCGGAACUGAAACGGGAAAACAUUGCCGAAAAGAAGAUUGCUCUUGCCGUCCUUAAUACAGCCGAGUCCUGGAAUGUCGACGUCAAAGUGGUGGGCACUCCUCCAGCACUUUGUUUGGAUGUGACCUUGCCGGGUGGAGUUGGAAUGGCCUUGGAGAUUUUAUAUGGACGUGACCCUCACGCUGGGCGGAGUCGAUCUGAUGCUGGUGCUUCUGUUGCCAUGGGCAGCCAAAAGGGAACCUUUUUGGGUAAACAACACAAGAGAAACACUUCUGUGGAUUCCAACGACUCGGGGUCAUCUUGGACGACUCUCGCCGAAAGUUUGCGCAGAGCUAGCACCACUACACAAGCCGCGACGCAGUAUGAUGCCAACGAGCAAGUUCCUUGGUCGUUGGACUUCUCUGCCAAAGGAACUGUCAGCAAGGAAAAGAUGACUGUCCAUGUUCGCAAACUAGUGCUGUUUCAUGACGACAAAACGCUGGAUAUCCCGCUUCAGAGUAAGGUCGGCACUCGAGGUAGUUUUGCAGUGUGGAAGGCUGAUCCCGCCACCCAGGACGUGUCGUUGGCCAAUGCCAUUCCUCUCAAGCGACGGGCCAAUUCCUUUACCUACCAUCCCGAGCUUACUUCUCCAGCUGAUUCCCCUUCGGUUGCAGCACUCCUUUUGUUUCCAGACGAUGCAGCCGAAUUUCAUCGUGACCUUCGCUUGCUGCAGUACGAUUACGCGUUUGAUGUUUCCGAUGAUACAAGGAUGGACGCCAUUACAGUGUCAGUGGGUGCAAGUCAUCCCAUGCUCAAGGGAGGUCACAUGAUCACCACCAUGUUGGAGGCCAUUUACGCCCAUGGAUCAAUUACGGCACGGGCCGGAGCAUUGUUUGACCCCUGCGAGUACAGGCGCAAACGGAACAUCCUGUUGCACCUUCCUGCUGUUGACUUCUCCUUUGGUAUCAACAAUAUCUUCAUCCCGCCUGAGAGCAUGAGCUACAGUGACGAUGGUCAAACAAAAUGUAUACCCGAAAUGGAUGGAGGACGAAUGACGGUCCGCGUGCUCGGCGGGAUGAAUGAAAAAGACAAGAGUCCUCUUUCGGGUGGCGACAGGGAGAUCGCGCCUGUCAAAGAGGGCAUCAAGGUUGUUGCAGAUUUUGGCAUUGGCUCCUUCACCAUGAGGAACGAGAGCAACGUCAAAGAAUUUCCUGAACUCGACAUUUUCGAAGGAACCAAACUCAGAAGCCUCAUCUCAGGCGCCGUGAGCGGUAGUGCUGGUGCGCACCUUCGUCCCCAGAAAAUGCCAACUGUUUGUUCGUCGACUGGACCAAACAUAUUCAACCCUCUCGAGGCGUACGAGGUUGAUUUUUCAGGAUCCAACUUGUCUCUGAAAUUGAAAGAGACCACCGCGUCCUUAGGGCACAGGCGUCUGAUAAUCCCCACUGAAACAUCGCUCUUAGUGAAGGUCGUGGAGAGCGUUGUUGACAUGUCCGCUGAGGGCCAAACAAAGUGUGAGAUUGGGUGGGACUUCCAAGGUCUGUCUCCUAUUCUCCAGGUCACCGAUAUUGGAGAUGUCCCGGAAAAAGCUGCACCCGAAAAGAGACAACAGGCGUCACUUCUGAUCCCACCACUUCGCCAAGGCCGUAUUGCUAUCAACGUGUCUGCUGUCGGUGGCAUCAGCAUCACCAAAGCUGCUACGUCUCGAGAUGACAGGGACGGACUCUAUGACUGGAAGUUCUUCAAUGCACUGGUUUCUCCCGAUUCCCAGUCUGCGGCAAGGAUCAUGGAUGUUCUGCACGACAAAAGGUCAAUGAACCGAAUUCUGGAGGUAUCUAGGCUUGUGAAUAAGGACAUCCAUAGGCUUAUGAGCUACGCGCUGACUCAAGUUUGGAGAGCCAAAGAAAUCUUUGAUCAAGAGGGCGUGUCCGACCCCAAGCAUGCGAUCCCUGCUUACAAUAUGGCCAGGAUUUUGUCAUUGUUUUUGGCUGGCGAUGAUGGCCAGGUUGAUGCAAUCUUGCCACUGGUACAAAAAACAGUGGCUGGUGAAGGACUUGACGUUGUGAAGGUGAAAGAACUGAUUCGACAACACGUUGAGUCUUACGAUGAAUGGGCUCCAGAAUUUGACAGGGCCGUGCGAAUGGCCAGCAUGUUUCUGGGUCCUGGAGCUGCGAACCCGCCAUACGUCGAACCAGAAUGUCCGCCCUUAUCCCAGGUCAACCACCAUUUGGCAAGGUUCUCCGACGUGCCUUCUGCGAAGCAACUUUACGAACAGAUCCACGACAAGACUCAUUUGCCCCUCGACCCACGCUUUUCGAAUUUUGUAAGCCGCAUUGCACCUUACCUGAGCUUCAGACAGGUUGAGUAUUUCCUCCAAGCGCGAGCCGCCAGAGACUGGCAACCACAGGACUUGCGGCGCAUUCGAUACGUCUAUUCUAUCAAGAGGAAGGUCCUUCAGAUCGCGGAGAGCUAUGGUGGGUUGUCUUUUUUGCCUCAGAGUUUUCUGGUUUCUGUCUUCCUUGGUGAAGCAACCCGUUCUAGCCUCCGUGUGACGAAGAGAGCGGGGGCACAGUCGCGGUCCAGGAAGGACCGAAGUUCGGCAGCCGUGUCGCUUGGCACGAAGGCCAGGAAGUCUCGAAGAGUGUCCACUCUGAUGAAACUCAGAAAGCAACGUGCCAAGUUGCAUGAUGGCAACGACGCACUGAAUGACGAGUCUUACAUCGGAACACCCGCUGGGCGACUGGCGGCCAUGGCGGCAAGAAAUCAUGCUUCGUCAGACGAAAACCCAACAGAGGUGCCAGACCUCCUCUUGGGCCAGCGCGCCACAGUGGCGGAACCAUAUGAGCUAGGAGACUCACUGCUAGGUCCACAUGACGUGGCGAUUCUUCUCCAGUGUGGUCUGACAUCUGCAAUGAAAUCUUCCACCGUUGUGCAACUGAACCAGCGCAUGUUGUUGGAUUUGAUGGCGAGCCAGCCAAGUAGUUUUGCAAGUGCCGUGUUGGCAGACAUUGGGACACCAGGAGGGCAGGGGUCGGCGCGAGCUUUGACCUCAGCACUGAUGGCACUACUCGAUCUUGACCAGAACUCUUUCAGACCUAUCCACCGUCUUGAUAUGCAUGCACUUCUCGAAGAGUGGCUUCCUGGUCUGAAGAUUCCGAAACGAGAGGACUACUUGGCUGGUGGGCGUUGGGCCCGACAGAGCUACUACGAGGCUGUUUAUGCAGUUGCGAGUAGUAUUCUAGAGGACGCCGAAUGCUACAUGGCGCUGAAGUCUUACGUCCAAAGAGAACGCCGACAGAAAGAGUCAGACCCACUCCCAAAGCCACGUGAAGAGCUGGACGAAGAGAACUCAGACCCCGAAAGAGACUCCAAAUUGAGAGAUUUGAUCGAGACAGCUAAGAACAAGAUAGCAGAAGCCGAUGCGGUAGGCAAGAAGGCCGCUAGACGUCUCAAAGAAGAUGAGUACUGGGCCAAACGAGAGUCAGAGUAUGAAACUGCGAUCAAGUUGUACAAAGAAUCAUUCGACGCCUGUGCCGAGGUGUUGUCAAUGGAUAAGCUUGCGUUCCAUGCAUCUUGGUUUGGCGAAUACUACAAGCGAAAUUACGACGCGCUCAUGAUUAAGUCAAUGUUUGACAAUGUGAUCGAGGAUGUUGACAACGUCCGAUACUGGUUGCAUGCCGUACGACGAGGUGCUCGCCGAAACAUGAAUGAGGAGGAUUACGAGAGGGACUUCUGGGGUAACAAGAUUGACAGAGAGAAGAUUUUCUUGGAACCCAAGCGAUACAAGGAACAGGAGAUUGUUGAUGCGAUCGUCGACACAAUGAUUUUCGAAGAAGAGGACAAGAUGAGGCUCAAGAAGGACCCUCUUGUGCGUCUGCUGAUUCCCAACCCUCCUGGAAAUUACAACGUUUCUGUCGUUACAGCAAUGGGCGUUAUCACUGAGGGCAAGAAAGGCCUUGAGUUGGUGGAUGCUCUGAAGCGGUUGAAAGAAAAACGAGGAGUCCACCACUUCCGCGCAGACACAGGUACCGCUCGCAGUUUCGAAUUCAACGCAAGCAAAAUUCAAGAGGCCAUUGAGAGCGCAGUUCGUCUUGGUCGACCGUACGGCUUGAUCGGAUACUCUCAGGGGUGCGCCAAUGCGCUUCUGGCCGAGUCCGAGCUUCUGGCAGGCUCUCCUUUGCAGCAGAAGUACUUGUCGGAUGAGAAGAGCGGACUUGUUUGUCGUCAGCUUUUGUUCUCCGCUGCCAAUGGUUCGAUGCACGGCCCCGCCUCAGACAAGAAGGUCCAGAAACUGAUCGUGAUGUGCGAAGAAUUCUUCAAGUAUCAGCAGGGAUACUCGAGUCGCGCUUUGGUAUCAACGGUCCUGGAGGUUUUGACCCAAGCGAUGGAUUCGUCUGCAUUCCAGAAGGUCAUUGGUGGGGCACAGUCGUUCUUGACAGAAGGUUGCCGGGCGUUCUGGCGCGAGUCGCAACAGCUUCCACAUGUUCCAACUUGUGUGUUGCGCGGUGUGAUGGAAGAGCAUACAACUCCGGAAUGUUUGGAAAUGAUCUCGCAUUUGUUGACGAAACAAAGUGGUUCAGCGCUGCACGAUUCCCAGGUUCAUGUGUACGAUGCCGUGGGUUAUCCUGUCUAUCACCAGAAUCGAAACGGUCGUUUGCUGAAGAAGAUUGCGAUUGGAGAUGGUGCCAUACAGCGCACGCAUCAUUGGAGCCCCCUCUCGGACGAAGUAGAGUGGGUUCGUACACCCAAGGAUAUUGAAGAUGCAUCCUUCGAUUGUGCCAAAGACAGACAUGUCUUCCCUUGGCUGGACGUGAACGUGAGAUUCGGCUUCAUCAAGUAUGCAACCGAAGAGGAGGACCCUAGAGACUGGGAAGAUGUCGCAGAGAGGUUGUCGUCUGGUGCACAUCCUUCCAGGCUGCUUCUUGGCUCAAAAUAGGCGAAGCAGCCUCUAGCUAGUAGUUUUCCGCACUCAUAAUCGAAAACGAAUCUGAUAACAUGUUUGCUGCUACCGGUACAUGUAUUUGCGUAAACUACAUGUAAGUGACCUGCAAGGCCACGGAUUCGAUUCUGUCUGAAAGGUUCAGCAUGGUCUUUGGGUUUAGGUGUUGUUCGU